AUGAAGCUGCGCCACAAAGUGUAUGGUUCACCCGUGGGUAUCGUUACCUACCUGGUGGCGAUCCUCGCCUCUAUGGGUGGCUUUCUUUUCGGAUGGGACACGGGUCAAAUUGCCGAUCUCAUGCUCAUGGAAGACUUUAUGAUCCGCUUUGCGGAAUACCACCCUGACCCUACGAACCCAGCUGCGUUCCCUUUCAAAUGGAAUUCUUGGUACCAAGGUCUCAUUGUGGGUCUUCUUAGCAUUGGUGCUAUUGUGGGAGCGCUGUGCGGCUCGCCCGUCGCCGACCGCUUUGGCCGCAAGAUUGGUAUUACCACUGGUUGUGUAAUCUGUCUCGUGGGUCUUAUUAUCCAGGUGUCCUCCGUGAGCGCCUGGCAGCAAAUUGCCAUUGGCCGUCUGAUCGUCGGUAUUGCAAUUGGCUGGCUUAGUGCGGCUGUCCCUCUUUACCAGUCCGAAACGGUGCCCCGCCAGGUGCGUGGUGCACUCGUCGGCACCUACCAACUGUUUGUUACGCUUGGCAUUCUUUUGUCUUAUGUCACUUGCUAUGGUACGCGGUACUACAGUUCCGGCGGCUCUCUUCAAUACCCUCAAUGGCAAAAGCAGCCCACUUCACUCGGUCUUAACCCAUCGUCGGCCCAAUGGCGCGUUCCGAUUGGUCUUGGCUUUGCCUGGGCGCUGAUUUUGGGUGUGGGUAUCUUGUUCUGCCCGGAGAGCCCGCGUUGGCUCGGGUCGCGUGGCCGCUACGAUGAGAUGCUGCACGUUUUGGCCAUGGUCCGUGGCGUGGAAGAUAACGAUCCUUAUGUUUUGACUGAAUUUUACGACAUUAAGCAGGAAGUGCUGGAAGACUCGAAGGUGGAGCAAAAGGGCUGGCUCGACUGCUUCCGCUGGGAAGACAAGACGCUGUACCGCACUGUUCUUGGUAUGCUCCUUCAAUCCGGACAACAGCUUACCGGUGCCAACUACUUCUUCUACUAUGGUGCUACCAUUUUCCAGUCGGUCGGCAUCAGCGACUCGUACAUUACCCAGAUUAUUCUUGGUGCUGUGAACACUGGUACUACCUUCUGGGGCUUGUACGCUCUGGACCGUUUCGGUCGUCGUAUGUGUCUGCUUGUUGGUGCUGCCUGGAUGGUGAUGUGGCUCAUCAUUUUCGCAACGGCCGGUGUUGUGGGUAAGCCCAUUGCAUUCCACCUCUCGGGUGAACCGCCGAACCCCGCCCACUCGGACGGGUACAACAAGUCGAUCGGCACACUGAUGAUUUGUUCUGCUUGCUUCUACAUUCUCGCAUUUGCUAGUACCUGGGGCCCCGGUGUGUGGUCGGCCAUUGCCGAGUUUUGUGCUCCUCAGACGCGUACCAAGCAAUACGCCUUGGCCACGAUGAGCAACUGGGUCUGGAACUUCUGCAUUGGGUUCUUCACCCCGCCUAUCACCGGCGACAUCAAUUUCUACUACGGCUACAUCUUUGUUGGAUGUAAUGUGGCCAACUUCCUCAUUGUAUACUUCUUCCUCUACGAGACCAACAACCUUACUCUCGAGGCUGCCAAUGACAUGUACCUGGACCCUAACGUCAAGGCAUGGACUUCGACAAAGUGGGUUCCGGAAGGAUACGACACUCGUCUCGGUGUCAAGCAGGAUGUGGAGACGCGUGUUCAGGAGGUGGGCGGUGUUGCCGGCCUUCCAGACCCGGAUAUGCAAAACAAGGCUAGUGAUCUGCGCGUGGGCGACAAAGAUUUCUAG